ACCUGGUGGGCGAAGUGGCGAGAGCGAGAGAGAGAGAGAGAGAGAGAGAGAGAGAGCGGAUUUAGGGCAAAAUGGGGGAAGCAUCCACGGCGUUAUCGUCUUCAAGGCCCCCCCUUUCCCCUCAAUCCAACGACACCGACUCGGAGACCCACUCUCUCCUCUCCCCUCUUCUAACCCUAACCCUAAUUCCCCAAAUCCCAAUCCCCAUCCCGAUCCCGAUCCCCCCAAUUCCCCGCUUCUCGCGGCGCCUCAGAUCUCAACCUUCGUCGCCGUCCGCGUCGUCUCGCAUCUCCUCUUCUCUGUCGCUAGCGAGAUAAGAUCCGCAAGAAGGGAAUAAUUGUAAUUGAUUCUGCUAUUGAAGCCAAUAAUCCUGCAAUGGAAGGAUCGGGGCCAUCACGAUUUGAUAUUUCUAACGGUGUUUCGAAGAAAAGGAGGACAAUUAAUUCAAGGCGGCCUCGCCCGGCCUCGGUGUUCGGUGCAGAGGCUGAUAUUUCGCCUCCCUCAUCAACCCCCUCCUCCGAUAAUACCAGCAAGAUUUCGGGCUAUGAUUCCUCUUCUCGGAGGAAAGAAGUUAAUCUCAGUAGGAUUGAAAGCUCUUCUAUUCCAAGAAGCUUCAAGAAGGAGGAUAAAAAGUUUGGAGCUCUUGAAUCGUUCUAUAGAACCGAUGCUUCUAGAGUUAAUUCAGAUAAAGCGGGGAGUAAAUCUGAGUUAAAGAGGUGCAAGACUAAGGAAAAGAUUGGAGUGGGUUCGGGACCUGAUGCUGGCUAUGUUAGGAAGAGCGGUAAAGGUGAGGAUUUAGGUCGGAAUGUUGGAGUGGUCAAUGGAUCAGCUGAGAACAAUCUCACGAGAGUCACGCUUAGGGUUGGUGGAGUCACCCGCACCAUUAAUACGAAAUCGAAUUUGGAGAGCAAGAGAAGAGGCGUUCUUUUGGAGAAGUUUCCAAGAUCUAAAGAGGCUUCGUGGCAGCGUCAAAAGCUGCUUCUUCAGGCAAUGUCGGAUGACGAUGAUCCUCCGCUUGAAAAAGGGGAUGAGAUGCAAGGACUUUCGCGGACGAAUUUAAAUGAAAAAAGGCUUUCCCGGGGAGCAAAAGAGGAUUCACAAGCAAAAAUUAUGGAAGACAUUAGGUACAAAAAGGAGAAGGAUAAGAACCAGCGAACCUCUGUAGAUGAACCUGCUAGAAAAAGCAAACGGGUUCGCAAACGACGAAUCCGAGAAGGUUCAUUAGACGAGGACGAUGAAGAUGAUGAGAUGCGAUAUAUUCAGAAACAAAAAACUUCUAAGAGAAGUAAGAUAAGUGCGUAUAGCGUGGAUGAGGAUUACGGUUUGAUCCAGUCCAAUAAGGAAAGUAGGAAGAAAUUGAACACGGGGAAAGGAUUGGACAGAACAGAUUAUGUUCAAGAGGAAGAGCCUGGUUCUGAUGAUGGUCUUGAUACUAAGAAGAAGAAACUCAAAAAAGAAUCUGUAGAACAAUUGGCUGAUGUGAGAACAGAACCUCUUACAACACGGCAACGAGCCCUUCAGUCGAGCAAUGGCGGUGGUUUGAUCGAGUUUCCUGAUGGCCUACCACCUGCUCCAACAAGAAAGCAAAAGGAGAAGCUCUCUGAGGUGGAGCAGCAGGCAAGGAAGGCCGAGGCUGCUCAGAGGCGCAGAAUGCAAGUUGAGAAGGCAGCUCGGGAAUUAGAGGCUGAAGCAAUAAGGAAAAUCCUAGGCCAGGAUUCAAGUCGGAAGAAAAAGGAGGAAAAGAUUCGUAAGGAGCGGGAAGAAUUGGCUCAGAAGAAAGCUGCUGAAUCUUUGAUAUUACAACCAAAUUCCGUGAGAUGGGUCAUGGGACCAGCUGGCAAAGUUGUUACAUUUGGCGAGAAUGUGGGCCUUCCAUGCAUUUUUAACUCCAAACAGUGCAGUUAUCCUCCUCCAAGGGAGAAAUGUGCGGCUCCGUUGUGUACAAAUGCUUACAAAUACCGAGAUUCCCAGUCGAAGCUUCCGCUUUGCAGUUUAGAAUGCUAUAGAGCCAUGAAAGCAAAUGCUCAACCAGUCUCAACUUGUUGAUUUUGUUAUUUUACAUUUUAUUACAUUAGGAGUUGUAGUGGCUUCACAAUUAUAAUGAUACAAAAUGGACCAGAUCUACUAUUUUAGUUCUGGAGAGCUGUUCCUAUUAUCGUGUGUGCAUAAAGUUGGAUUCUUUGUUAGCUUGCCACCUUAGAAGAGCUCAUGGUAUUCUCAAACUUGUAUACACUGUUGGAAUGAUGUGAAGUUCAUAAUAUUUUCCGCCGCUAGGCAUUACAGGCA